CGUUGUGGUUCAACGUCUUUUACACAGGGACUAAGUGUGUUAACAUGGCCAGGACCAAGCAGACUGCUCGUAAGUCUACUGGUGGCAAAGCCCCCCGUAAGCAGCUGGCUACCAAAGCUGCUCGGAAGAGCGCGCCUGCCACUGGGGGAGUGAAGAAACCUCAUCGUUACCGACCCGGCACUGUUGCCUUGCGAGAGAUCCGCCGCUACCAGAAAUCCACUGAGCUGCUCAUCCGCAAAUUGCCCUUCCAGCGCCUGGUCCGUGAAAUCGCCCAGGAUUUCAAGACCGACUUACGCUUCCAGAGCUCGGCCGUUAUGGCCCUGCAGGAGGCCAGCGAAGCCUACUUGGUGGGGCUCUUUGAAGAUACUAACCUGUGUGCUAUUCACGCCAAGAGAGUCACCAUCAUGCCCAAGGACAUCCAGUUAGCCCGGCGUAUCCGUGGUGAGAGGGCUUAAAGGCUGCAGCUUCUAGUAACAAAAACUACUCCAAAUGACCCAAAGGCUCUUUUAAGAGCCACUACACGCACACUGAAAGGAGCUGUAACCUGUUCCUAGCGUCCCUUUUUCUAAGUACGAAACUUGUUUUAGAGCUUUAUUUCAAGUGAAAAUUGCGGAUACAUAUACAGAUUAUAUUAAAAGCAGGAGGUAGUUUACUAAUCCUGUAACGUUCCAUUCUCCAGCUAUCUCCACCUUUUGUGAUUUAAUGUUAAAUUUAAAUUCAUUACCAUAACGCGCCUAAACAAAAGAAAUUUGCUAUUUAAGAUAGCGCCUUCUACUUAUUGUUUUGUUCAUUUAAAAAUAUUGCAUAAUCCCAUUCUAAUGUAAAUUUACAAGUCUCUAGAUAAAAAUUAACAAGGUUAAGUGAAUGCCCCAAAGCAGUGCUUAUUAUAAACUGAAGAUGAUCAGCACUGCUUCGUGCUGCUAAGUGCCCCUGAUAAAACAUCAUGUUUAUUGUAUUUUUUUUAAGGAAAUAAUGCAUUGCUCCAAAUGGGCACAUUUGUGGAAGUUCAAAAUGAAGUUAAGUUUAAAGCUUUAUAAGAAAUAUUUCACAGCAAGUAAGUUCGCAUCCUGCAAAAAGUCUUGUGUUCAAGCUAUAAAAGCAUAAAAGCUCCUCUUGGUGGAAGUGUAGCAGCUUUUGGAAGAGCCUUGGGGUAGUUUUAUAGAGUUUCUUUGUUUUUCAAAUUGCCCAGAAGACGGUUGGAAUGUUCUCAGCCCUCUCACCUCGGAUACGCCGGUUACACGGAAGGAAGCAAAUGUCAUUGGACAACUUGAAAAAUUGAAAAGCCCGCUCUGUGCUUAGAGAAAUACAUCCCUCCCUCAUUGAUUCCUCACAGUAACCUCAUGGGCCUAAUACAUGAAUCUUGCGCUUCCCUGAGUGGCCCCAUU